AUGAGCAGCCUGCUUGAGGAAGAUUCGAUUUGCAACAAUGAAUCUUUAUACAACUUUGGUCCCAACUGGGAGAAGAUUUUUCUCAUCAAGCCAGAGCUUCUCGAAACCUACUUGACCGCGGAAGAAUACGAAGAAGCUAUCCAAUUGAGUCUAAGGGAAGGAAUCGAGCUUGAGGCCGAUAGCUCUCGUGACCCAGUGGACGAUGUUGAUCUGGACCUACAAAUAUCAUUUUCCUACCACCAAGCGACAUCGUUAAAUCAGAUCCACAUAGUGGACGCAACAACUCUGGCUCCCGAAGGUCCCGACACAGGCAAAGUUCUGAUUGUAUUUUUUGAUCAAUUUGGGCGGAUAGUUUGCUACGCGCGGGAAGAGCCGUUUGAGUCGGUGGAAUUGACAGCCUUGACAAAUGCUCAUCUGGAUGAUCAUGCCUGUUGGGCCUGGGCAAAUAUUGGAGAACUCUAUCAAAAGGUCAACCAUUGGGGCCACCGUAUGAUGAGAAUUUUGGAGACGAGCCGUGAUAUCUUAUUCUACUCCCCUUGGAAGCGAUUAAUUAUAUCGUACACGUGUGCCACGUGCCUGCCAAGCAUUCCUUAG